AUGCUCGUAGUGAUAAGAGGAUCGUCGCGAUCGAUCUCAAAAUCGCUGAGAUCUGGAGAGUCGCCCGCUGAGGGCAAACAGCUUUUGCCAAACCAGCGACGCUACGACGACGACGACGGCCAAGCUCAUCCACCAGUCUCAACGACCACUCAGCUCUACUCCGAGCUCGGACUAUUUCGACAGAAAACCGCUCGCUUCUCGAGUAAGGAGCAGCCAGCGAUUUUCGCCUACUUCAGAACGGCUUAA